AUUGUAUUCACUUUGAAAGGGACCAAAAAGAUAAAAGAAAAAAAUUAAAAAAAAAAAACAAAAAAAAAAAAAAAGUAAUAAAAUCUUCCGACUUUUCUCUUGAUUUAAUUCAAUCAAUCUGAUUACAUUUAUGAUAUGAAUUCUAUCCCUAUAUAAAGCACUGUCACGAUAUUACAAAAUAUUAAUCAUCUUCAGUUAUUCGCUACGUGCACUUGAAGUGUGACUCUUUUCAAAUCAAUAGACAAAAUGUAUAAAUUGUUCAUCUUGGCUGCCUUGCUGUCCGUUGCUGCUGCUGCUCCUGGUGUUUAUCAUGGAGCUUCUUUGCUUUAUUCAGCUCCAGCUACUACUGUAGUUCAUGAGCCGGGCUAUGCCAAGGUUGGAACCGUUGUCAAAUCGGUACCUACUGCCGUUUCCCAUCAAAGUGUCUCACAGGUGCACUCGUCCGCUCACGUAGUGCAGCCCGUUGUCGCACCCGUGGUGAAAACUACAUCCUACACUGCUCCAUACGUACAAACCUAUGCUGCCGCACCUGUCUGGAAAUCUUAUGGUUCCGGUCCACUUGUUCACACUUAUGCAUCCCAUUCAUCUUGGUAACUUUCUCAGCUUACUUUCGGUGAUAUGAAAACGGCCUCGACUAAUGAAAAAAAAAAAAAACCAAUGAUGAACACUGUGGAUUAUUGUUGUGAUUAAUAAAAUUAAUUAAGAAAAUUUCAUUAAAAGCAUA